AUAUAAUAAGCUCCCAAGGGCCCAAAGCCCCAAACCCUCCCCCAAAUCCCCAAUCCUGCUCCACCCACUUUCCACUGCUCCGACUCUCCUCCUCUAGCCAGUGGAACGAGCGCGAGCGAGGGACACCGGAGUCCGGAGAUUAUGAGCUCUGCGGCGGCGAUCGGGGCGGGGAAGGCCGUGUGCGUCACCGGCGCGUCGGGGUACAUCGCGUCCUGGCUCGUCAAGCUGCUCCUCGCCCGCGGCUACACCGUCCGCGCCACCGUUCGGGACACCGAUGACCCCAAGAAAACAUUGCACCUGCAUGCCUUGGAUGGAGCUAAGGAUAGGCUGCACUUGUUUAAAGCAAGCUUAUUAGAAGAAGGCUCUUUUGAUGCUGCCAUUGCUGGUUCUGAGUGUGUGUUCCACACGGCUUCUCCCUUUUACCACAAUGUCAAAGAUCCCAAGGCUGAGUUACUUGACCCAGCGGUCGAAGGAACACUUAAUGUUCUACGUUCCUGCAAGAAAGCUUCUAUUAAAAGAGUGGUCGUAACAUCCUCCAUGGCUGCUGUUGCCUACAAUGAGAAACCAAGAACUCCUGAUGUAGUAGUUGACGAGACAUGGUUUUCACAUCCAGAGUUGUGUGAAAAGAACCAGCAAUGGUAUGUCCUAUCCAAGACCCUUGCUGAGGAUGCUGCAUGGAAGUUCUCAAAAGAUAAUGGAUUUGAAAUGGUUACAAUAAACCCCGCAAUGGUCAUCGGUCCCCUGUUGCAGCCUACACUGAAUACUAGUGCUGAAGUAAUACUGAAGCUAAUCAAUGGAUCAUCUUCUACAUACCCUAAUUUCAGCUUUGGAUGGAUUAAUGUUAAGGAUGUUGCCCUGGCACAUAUCCUUGCAUAUGAAGUUCCUUCAGCAAACGGAAGAUAUUGCAUGGUUGAAAGAGUUGCUCACCACUCGGAGAUUCUCAAGAUCAUACAUGAAUUGUAUCCCAACCUUCCAGUUCCAGACAAGUGUGCGGAUGACGGGCCAUUUGUGCCAACCUACCAGGUAUCGAAGGACAAGAUAAGAAGUUUGGGCUUGCAGCUGAUUCCCCUGGAGACAAGCAUCAAGGAGACUAUCGAGAGCUUGAAAGAGAAGGGAUUUCUUAGCCUUUGAGUCUUUGAGCCAUCUUUGAAACACAGCGAAGGCAUCAUACUUUGUCUGUUUCGACAUGCAUACAUACAUGUCUUUUAAGACUUUAAGUGCACUUGUGUGUUGUUAAGAAUGCAUGCAUGUCGGUAAAGUGCGUAGUUUUGUGGGUUGUACCAUGAACUGAAAUAAAUGACUUCGUGGCUCUGUUGCGUAUUUGCGCUUUCAGGGACCCGAGACGUGCAUAAUCGGCGGCAGCCGCGGCGGAUC